AUGUGCCCUUUAAUUAACAUGGCCGCCUUCAAAGGAGCAGAUGGAAAGCUAUGGUGUGAAUUGUUGUCUUCUGAUAAGAACAGAGACUCCGCGAACCACAAAGAAAACACAAGGUCGCUUCAUUUGUUUAUUCAGGUAGACACUUAUUUAUGAAACACUAAAACAGCUUGUAGUUUCAUGCAACUAAUUAAAAAAAUUCACUUGUUUUACCGAUCAAUUUUGUUUUCAUUUAAGUCUCCUUGUUGUUCUUCGCCAUGUCAAAACGGAGGAACCUGUAUCUCGAGUUUCAAAUACAAUUCUUGCGACUGUCUCUGUGAACAAAGUUUCGCAGGAGAAUAUUGCAAGAAA